AUGGAACAUGGACAAGGGGGCAGGAUUGACAACGAUGUAUUGGUUCUGGGAGUCCCGUUGCCUAUUAUCAACCAGAAAGACCAGGAUACAAAUAAGGAAGCAAUUGAGGAAGAAGGAACAGAAGACCCUGAGCCUCGGUAUCGGUCAUACUUUGAGGUCCAAGAGGAAGACAUGUUGGCACAUGAGACACAACCGCCCAUCGCCUUCAAAGCAACAACCGAAUACCUGAAGUGGACCAUCCCCGCGCCACCGCGUGUGAAAAACACCCAUUAUGACAUCGUGUUGGGGAUAUCGACCAAGAACAUGGACAUGGACGCGGUCGAGGCCAUAGUCAUUACAAUCCACCAUAACCUUCCAGACUCGUUGGCUGUCAAGUCUGAAGUCAUAACGUAUCAGGAAAUCAAGAGGCUCUGUUCCUCCGCGGGAAAAGACGACGAGGUGUGUUUUCGAUGGAAGCUACACGAGAAGCUGGUGCUGCUUGGCGAGGAGGCUGAACCGACUCUUCUUGUGAUGGAUAUCAAGACAUGGCAGGGUGAACCAGAUGACUAUGGGUCAAUUGAACUCCAUUACACAGACAUCCUCAUCGAUUCCCGCGCCUACUACAAGGAUGACCCAAUGUACAGAGAGCACAGGCCGUUCUUCAGUUCAGUCGAUGUCAACAGGACAGGACAUCCUCGACUUGAUAUGGAACUACAAGAACCCAAGACGAUUGCUGGCUACACGAUGUCGGGAGACGGAUCACACAUCUUGAUCACGGUCCUUGCAGGAGAACACCGACUACUACAGCUCUGGAACUUCAGGGGCCCACCACCACCAACAGAGAUACUGCACUCCAAGCAGGCAUCCAGUUCCUCACAGCGAUCUAUUCACUCAGCUGGAUCGUCGCCAACCCAUAAUUCUCAACCGCAGCUUGUGGCUUGGAUGCAGCUACCGAUGGCCGAAGAAAGUACGUACGCGCUUUGUCUUUCCUGGGAUGGCACGCAGCUUGUCUAUAUCGACUUGGAUCGUGUCGACGCAGGCUCAGAUACGGAGGAGGAAUCCGUCAGCAAAAAUUCUUGCCGCAAGAACGAUACCAAACCCGCAGAACCCUCAGGCAAGAACGACACGGCCUUCUACAAGGUCGUCUCCAACUACACCCAAGCCCCUCCAGGAACGAUUGCUGGCUCGGGUUUCAGGAAGUUCGACGUUACGGAGCGGUGUCCUGGACUCGAUGGCUUCUUUGCCAAAGCUGCCUUUCACAUUGUCGCCACCCAGGAGCAGGAUGUCAAGGACGAGCUGUUUGUGACAUGCGACGGCGUGAAUAUCGAGAUAUAUAGCGCCUUUUGGGACUGGGCUCACCUUCGAUCGAUUCCCAUGGACCGAGCUUGGAACGAGCCAAGGUUUGCCGUCACCGUCUUUGGCGCUCAGCUCAAGCAGCUCCACGGCGCCUAUGUUGUCAUUGGAGACCCGGACACGUAUGAAGUCUCGACAUGGGACAUUGAGCAAGGCAUCCGCCUCUCGUCCUACAUGGAUCUUACGUACGAACAGUUCGAGGCGGUGCGCUUCUCUACGGCCAUGUCCAAGGACGGGAGGUUGAUCGCAAUCCCUGGAAAGUACCAUGUCGAUAUCUUUUGGACCGCAACCUGGACCCGAGCCGCCAGUUACACCGUCCACGAUAUGGAGCAUGACCCUUCGAUUGGCUCCGUCCGAUUCAUCCGCAACGAUACCCAGAUCAUGAUCGACUUCAAGUCCUGCGCGCCGUUCUGUCAAAGGAAUCACGGAUGUAUUUUCAGUGUCGACAGCAUGUCGCUGUUAGAGCAAUACGUUGUCGAUGGACACGACACCUUCGAGACGUCGUUCGAUGAUUUGGUCAGCCCGCAAACCAUAUGUGUAGGUAUCUCCCAAGUGUCUCUCUUUAACAUCGAGGACCGCAUCUUCCAAUCGCCGUCCAUCCGGAAGAGACAUUGUCAAGAGUCUUGCUUUGCUUAUGAUUCCUACAUCUAUGGCUACGCAGAAACACUUGCGCCCACCGGUCUCACCUUCAAGGCGGAGAAAUCGAUGGUCCCUGUACUCCUUAAUGGCCGCCGAGCGGACCAGCCGUAUGUUACCGUGACCGUCUCCGACCAGAACAUGAUACCUUUCAUAAAAAUGCCGAUCCCGCUACCUAAGGACCUGGACUUCACCAUUCACCGUGUCAACUUCAUUGGCAACUGCUCGCACUUGGCCCUGUCGCUCGAUGGCCUGGUGAUGAUCUGGAGCACCCCGACAACCCCUGAAGGCAAGUUUACUCUUCGCCUGGUCCACACCUACAGCCUCAAGACGGAUUGGGAGGUCUGCCUCCAUGGACAGCUCUAUGGACUCGUGCCCUACCACGAGACUGUCGAUUUCGCUAAGAACCUCCAUGACCCUAUCCGUGGUGCUGAGGCCGAUUUCUUAGGCGGCGCCGGCUUCUUGUCCGAGAUUUUCCAGAGCGCGAACAAAGACGUUCAGGAGGACAUCAUACAGUACCUUGGGAAAUACAUCAACCUCUACAUUCCAGGAACCGAAUGCGACAGCAACAUUGUGCAAUAUAUUUGCCACCACUGGGUGAUUGGAACUCACGGUUCGACCGUCCGACUCUGGAAGGCACUGCUCGCUCACCCAACCGGCCGCUGGAUCCCAAGGCACGACAUGGUCAGGAGCAACAACCCCAUUUGGUGCCUCCUCUCCCAGACUUUUGAACACCCCAAAGCAUUCGAGCUCGCCGAGGUCUUUAUCGACUACUGCAUCCGCCAGGCCAAACUGGAAAAAGACCCGCAUUUCCUGCUCCCGAUCCGACAAUGUAUGAAAGAACUCACGGAUCCCAAGAAGCCCUACUCAGAGGUCACGCUGGAGCUUUUCCGAGAACUCGCUUAUAUACCCGUGCGCAACCGCGACUAUAUCGUCGACCACCACAGGAUCGCACACCCAUACACUUUCCAUUGGCGGUUUUGGAGGUACAAUCCGAGGGGACUCCACCAGUAUCAGGACCAGGUCUUGCAGGUCACUUCGACGCCUACAGUUGACCCUCCCAAGUAUAUCUUCUCACGAGACAUCUACCUAGCCACUUUCGAUAUGCUCUGGCUCAAGUCUGGCUCCGAUCCAUCGCAUUCAGAGGAUCCAGAGAAGAGCAGUGAGGGUAAGGGCUUGUAUUCAUGGCCAUUUGCUCUCAAGGCGGCGUUGGCCCGGCGCCGAUCUUGGUGGACCCCCAACCCAACCGUCGAGUGCCAUCCUUUUGAGACCGAGACCCUCGACAACCCAGCCAUCGCCGCCCUUGUGGAGUACAAAUGGAACACGAUUGGGCUACAGUACUGGCUGCUCCGUUUCCUGGCGCAAUGUGUCUACUAUGUGCUUGUCCUCGUCGGCGUCGCCUUUCAAAUUAACCAAUACGACAACAAAGCAACCUUGAACGGCAUCUUCAUCUCCAUCAUUACCAUGUCGACCAUCUUUUUGUGGCUCGAGUUCUUCCAACUCAUCGAAGAAAAAAAGAAAUACUUCCGAUCCAUUUACAAUAUGGUUGACCUAUUCGCGUUCGUAUUUCCAAUGGCAGGAAGUAUUCUGCAGCUCGUUCGAUCCGAUCCCAAUACGCAAAACUCACUUUUCAGCUUCUCCGUCCUCUUUAUCUUCCUGCACUUUCUGUUUGAGCUGCGAGUGACACGAAGUGUCUGCAAGUUCGUGUCUAUCAUCAUCCAUGCCAUCGCCUCGAUCCGCGUGUUUUUCUUUGUAUUUGCAGGAGGAAUCCUUGCCUUUUCUGUGGCGAUCAUGCAUCUCCUUCAUACGUGCACCAAUUCUGACGACUGCUCGUCGUACACUGAAGGCUUCUCGCCUGGGUUCUUCCGCGUCAUUUCCAUGACCUACUUCAUGAUUGGCGGGAUGUAUGAUCCGGUCAGCAAUGGGUUCAGCCACAACGAUGUCGGGUUCCAUAUCAUGAUGAUAGUGUUCUUCUUUUUCACCGUCAUCCUCAUGUUGAACGUCCUCAUCGCUUUGAUCAACCAUGCAAUCGACGACGGAGACAGGACCUGGGAACUGGACUGGUUGAACAACCGGAUGCGGUAUAUCGAAAGUGCCGAGAACUUGACCUACGACAUUCCAGGCUUCAGGGCGGCGCACGACUGCUUCCCAGAAACAAUCUAUUACACCGCAACACCCCUCCAAGUGCGCGAAUACAGGAAAAAGACACAGCGCAUCAUGGACGACAAAGUCACCUCUGCCGACCUCACCAACUCUGCAGAUUUCAAGGUCCAACAACCUAUUAGCGGAAAUAUUGGUGGUACUGGUAGCGGUGGCGGGAUCCAGGAUUGGCCGCAGUCUCAGCAACAGCAGCAACAGUCUCAGCAGCAGGAAGGGGAGAGUUCUGGGACGAGUGCGGGGGAUGCGGCGGUAUUGGCGUUGUUGAAGCAGUUCCAGGAGGACCAGAGGCUGGCGAGGGAGGAGCAGCAAAAGGUUUAUGAGGAGUUGAGGCUUGCCCAUGAGGAGCAGAGGCAGGCGGCUGCUGACUUGAGGAAGGAGUUGGCGCUUUUGAAGGAGCGCGUGGGACAAUAG